AUGGGAGGUAUGGGCGGUGGAAUGGGAGGCGGUAUCAAUCCCAUGAGCGGCCUGAACCCUGCGCAACAAGCCCAACUCGCAAACCUGAACCCCCAACAACGACAGCUCUUCCUCAUGCAGCGUCAGCAAAUGAUGCAGCAGAAUCGAGCGGCUGGUGGCGAAUCUGGGAUGGCUGGCGCAGGCGGUCUCGGCGGCAUGGGUGGCGCGGGAGGCGGGAUGGGAGGCAUGAGCGGACCUGGCGGGAUGACCCCUGAACAGAUGCGCGCAGUUAUGGAACGGCGGAUGAUGCAGCAGCAACAGCAGUCCGGCCUUGGCAUGGGCAGCCCAGGUGGUAUGGGUCCCGGCGGUGGCAUGGGCGGCGCAGGAGGUAUGGGUGGAAUGGGCGGAGGCGGGCUCAGCGGUCCCGGCAUGGACGGCAGCGAUACUCCCAACAUCCCCGCCCUCCGGUCUAACAGCGCCAUCCCCGGCAUCGCGCGUGCCAUGCGCAGUCCGCACGAGGGCAUGGGCUCGGCUGCGAGCAUGGGUGGCGGAGGCGGCGGACCCAUGAGCCCUGCGAUCGGCGGCGGCGGUAUGGGCACCCCCGACUUCCAACGCGCGAUGAUGCAGCGCGCGGCGUCACAGACAUGGGGUGGUCAGCAGCAACAGUUCCCUGGUGGCCAAGGAGGCGGCGGCGGCGGGAUGUACGGCGCAGGAGGCAUGGGUGGAGGCGCUGGCAUGGGUGGUGGAGGGAUGGGCGGCUCGGGGAUGGGCGGAGGAAUGGGAGGUGGCGGCGGGAUGGGUGGUAUGGGCGGCCUGGGCGGCGGUGCCGGGAUGCCUGGUGGCAACCAGUUCGGCGCCGGCGGGCAGGGGGCCUAUGGCGCGGGCUACGGGGGCGACCAGUCACCUCAGAUGAUGGGUGGCUCGCCGCAGGGCGAGUUCGACAUGGGCCAGGGCUUUGGCUGGCAAUGA